CGUGUCGGCGGCGCGAGGCGGGGCUUCCCUUGGGUUCGGAGCUCUCGAGACGGUUCUCGGCGGGUUUUCUUCUCGUAAUUUGAAAGAAUCGAGUUUGUCUUUAGAUAUAAAACCCGUAAUAAUACAAAUCUUCUUUUUUUUUAGCUGCACCGCGUAAAGUUGCAGCCGCUAGGGAAGUCGGUAUGAAGCUGACGGAUAACGUGUUGCGGAGUUUUCGCGUAGCCAAGGUUUUCAGGGAGAACUCGGAUAAAAUUAACUGUUUUGAUUUCAGCUCGAACGGAGAGACGGUCAUUUCCAGCAGCGACGACGACUCCAUCGUCUUGUACGACUGCCAGGAGGGAAAGCCGAAGCGGACCCUGUACAGUAAGAAGUAUGGAGUGGACCUGAUCAGGUACACGCAUGCAGCCAACACUGUGGUCUACAGCUCAAACAAAGUCGAUGACACCAUUCGGUAUCUGUCACUUCAUGAUAACAAGUAUAUUCGCUACUUCCCGGGACACGGUAAGAGAGUGGUGGCCUUGUCCAUGUCUCCUGUGGAUGACACCUUUAUAACCGGAUCCCUGGAUAAAACCAUCCGCCUCUGGGACCUGCGCUCCCCAAACUGUCAGGGUUUGAUGCACCUGCAGGGGAAGCCUGUCUGUUCCUUUGACCCCGAGGGACUCAUCUUCGCAGCCGGUGUGAACUCUGAGAUUGUGACGCUGUAUGACCUGCGGUCGUUCGACAAGGGUCCCUUCGCUACCUUCAAGAUGAUGCCCGACAGGACGUGCGAGUGGACCGGGCUCAAGUUCAGCAACGACGGGAAGCUGAUCCUGGUCUCCACCAACGGGGGCACCCUGCGACUCCUCGAUGCAUUCAAGGGGGUUGUGCUGCACUCCUUCAUGGGCUACAAUAACAGUAAAGGUGUGAUGUUGGAGGCUUCAUUCACUCCGGACUCACAGUUUAUCAUGAUCGGCUCCGAGGACGGGAAGAUCCACGUGUGGAAUGCGGAGAGCGGAAUGAAGGUGGCCGUGCUGGAUGGGAAGCACACCGGCCCUGUCACCUGUCUGCAGUUCAACCCCAAAUUCAUGACCUUCGCCAGCGGCUGCUCAAACAUGGCUUUUUGGUUGCCCACAAUCGAUGACUGACAUGGAAGUUGCAGUGCUGCCUAAUAGACUCUUCUCUGUGUAAAUACGAUAUUUUUUAUGUUGAUGGAAGAAUCUCUGCGCUCCUGGGAGCCGGGGCCUGUGGAGGCAGAGUGUAUUCAGCGUUGCCGUUCUCUCUGUCUCUACACAGGACUGCCUGUCUGGGCUUCAUUGUAUUUUGUUUUUUUAACUGACACCUUGGCAAUCGUACCUGGAGGACUGAACAUAGCAGAGCAGCUGUUGAAAUGCUACCUGUAGGGGGAGCUUCUCACAUUCAACUGUAAAUAAAAUGGUCAGGAGUUUGGGGAGAGGGGCGGGUGGGGAGGGAUUUAUGUUUUAUUAUGUAACUAUUAAAAUAAGUGUUGCUUUUUAUAAACAUCUGUCGUUUUGGCAGUGUUGCAUGCACUGCUCUUACCAUGCACUACUUUACUACAACUAAAACAAAUCAUAGUCCUCCUCCUCAUCAUAAUAAGAAGCCUGCAAUGAAGAGUCACUGUACAAAGAUAAAGAACUUCGCUUGCACGCUGCAUGCAAAUAUCGGGUGCAUUUCUUA